AUGGCCAAGCCUGUUCCUACUCGCCUUACCGUGGCCCCGGUGCCUCCGGACGAGAUCUUCGCUUUGAACGCCGCCUACUUUGCCGAUACCUACCCCCAGAAGGUCAGCCUCGGUGUUGGUGUGUACCGCACAGAUGAUGGAAAGCCCUGGCCGCUGCCGGUCGUUCAAAAGGCCGAGAAGGAGCUGGCCGAGGAGGACGAUCUCAUGCGACACGAAUACACCGCGAUCGAGGGCGACAUCCCUUUCUUGCCAAUUGCGCGGGACCUGAUGUUUGGAUUCACGGGAGAACAGGGUGAGGAGGAGGCCAAGGCACGCAUCGCUACCGUGCAGACCGUCGCUGGUACCGGUGCCAACCACCUGGGUGCCCUGUUCCUCGCCCACCACAUGAAGCCCCCCACCGUCUGGCUGUCCAACCCGUCCUGGGCCAACCACAUGACUAUUUGGGAGCUGGCUGGCGUCCCGCGCAAGACCUACCCUUACUACCAUGCUGCGACGCGGUCCUUCGACUUCGAGGGUAUGAUGUCGACCCUGGAGAACGAGGCCCAGGAGGGCGAUGUCAUCUUGUUGCACGCCUGUGCGCACAACCCCACCGGUCUGGACCCGAACAAGGAGCAGUGGAUUGCCAUCGCCGACCUGUGCGAGCGCAAGAAGAUCUUCCCCUUCUUCGACUCUGCCUACCAGGGUUUCGCCUCGGGUUCCGUCGAGGAGGAUGCCUGGGCGGUUCGCUACUUCUUCAAUAACAAGCCCGAUAUGGAGAUGUGUGUUGCGCAGAGUUUCUCCAAGAACUUCGGUCUAUACGGCCAGCGUGUCGGUGCUUACCACUACGUAACCAACCGUAGUGCUACCGUUAUCCGCGACGUUAUCGUUAACAACCUUUGCCACUUGAUCCGUGGCGAGUUCUCCAUGGGUCCCCGUAUUGGCUGCAGCAUUGUGAAGAAGAUUUUGACCAACGAUGAGCUGGUGGCCGACUGGCACCGCGAUCUUCAGGUCAUGAGCUCGCGUAUCAAGUCUAUGCGCCAGGCCCUGUAUGAUGAGCUCGUUCGUCUGAAGACCCCCGGCACUUGGGAGCAUAUUAUUGAGCAGAACGGCAUGUUCUCCUACACCGGUCUCACCCCCAAGCAAGUCUACGCCCUUAAGGAUAAGUACCACGUCUACCUGCUGAAGUCUGGUCGCGCCUCCAUUAGCGGCUUGAGCAAGAAGAAUGUCGCCUAUGUGGCCCAGGCUAUUGACGACGUGGUUCGUAACGUGCUUUAA